CGUUCGCGGUCGGGACCACUGUCAAGCAAACUUUGGACAGUUCUCUGCAUCUGACAUAUUAUUCUCUGCAGCGUGAUAUCAGAGAGAACACCCGAAUCGCAUCGUCCCGGGGAGGGGGGAAGGGAUAUUUGGGGCGAGGCGCCGCUCUCCAGGUGGUGAUCCCAUCUGGUAAAUUUCCGCACUUGAAGUCGAAUAUCCCGUUUAUAAUAUCCACCAUCAAGCCGUUUCUAAGCGAAACAGCUUUGAUGACUUUCUCUUGUUCCUUGUACAAAAACCAUUACGAUGUUCCCAUGUCUUGUCUUCUAUCACAGAAAGCCUUCUGCUCUCCUCGUCACUCCCCCGGGUUCCACCAAUGGCUCUCAUCUUCCCCUUCAACGGACCUGAAGGGCACGUGCGGUCGCUGUUCGGCACCCAGCCGCCAGUCCGCUACCUCGACCGGGUCAGACCGGCCAAGCGAUGCAUCCCAUGCCCCGUCAGCUUCUACAACCCCAACGGGUGGCGGGGCGGCCACGCGGCCACGGGGGAGGCCGAGCUGUCCUGGGUCAUGAUCCCCACGUCGGGGACGGACGCAAAGUCUCGCCGGCCGGCGACAGGACGUGGGACUAGGGACAGGGGACCCCCGAGGCUCGCGCUCGUGAUUCCGUACCCGCUCAAGCCAGAUCGGCACCGGCCGCUGGCGCGGCAGCCCAUGUCGGGCGACCUGCACGCCAUGUACCACAUCCACGACGAGGGCCGCGAGUGGAUCGACGACGCGAGCGGCCUGAGCUCCAUGGAGGGCAAAGGCCUGCCCCGGUGUUGCGCGUCGACGGCGGCGGUUGCCCCGCUGGCGCUGCCCAGGGCGCGGGCGGGCUGCCCCGGCCGCGGCGGGGAGGGAAGCGGCCGCAGAGUCAACGGGGCCGGGAGCAGGGGGGAAUGGACCAGGCGUCAAGGGAAUCAUGAGGACAAGACCAAGAACGGCGGCGGCGGCAUUGGGCCGGAGUGUGCCGAAGCGUGUGGCGUUCAGGACAAGGCUCGAGGAUGUGUUCGAGGAGAACUCGGCGCAGCGACCAGUCUCGCGGUACUGGGACGAAUAUCUGGUCACGGCUUCUGCCGUCGACUCCGUCUCCCCUCGGUGGUGCGAAUCAUGGCCACGGCGCCCUACACAAUGUUUUUGCUCUCGGCACUCGGCCGCUUGCUCCAGUGUCUCAACCUGGUCGCCGUCCUCGUGGCCACUGCAGACGCUCAGGGGUCCGCGGACACCUCGAACUCGAUCACAAUCAUCAGUCCCGGCGCAAACGAGAUGAUUACGCUUGGCAGCAAUUAUACAAUCCGAUGGGCUGCGCCUGCCGGGGCGUUGGGUUAUGUGAGGAUCGAGCUACUGGGCCGGAAUUCAACAAGGUCUUCAGGCAACGUCGGCAUCCGGAAGCUCGCAGACGACGUCGAGCUGUCGAGCCAGAACUGGGUAUGGCGCCAAGAAGAUCAGAUAUCAGCCGCGGAGCGCCAGUUGUACCCGCAGUUCGUGAUCUACAUGGAAAUCUCCCCGAGCAAGGCCUUCGAUUCCUUCAACUUCACCGCGUCCAGCGUCAGGUUUCAGGUCCGUGAUAACGUUGUGGCUCCACCGCACGACAAUGACACCCAGAACAACCGCACCACCACACCCGCCAACGACAGCCCCCAGACCCCGCCGCUAAAGCCCGAGGUCAUCGCGGCCAUUGCAAUCGGGUCAGCGGCCCUCGCCGCCCUGAUCAUUGGCGUCGUGGGCUACGACCUGCGCCUCCGCCGGCUGGCGGGGGGGAAACGAACCAAGCAGACCGGGGACGACGACGGCGGCGGCGGCGUCGGGGGUGGCGACAAGAGCGGCGACCACAGCCUCUCCAAGGCCGAGCUCGAGGGCUCGGGCGGCCACGGCUCCGCGGUGGGUGCGGUCGCGGGGGCCCUGGACCUCAAGCCCGAGUUGAUGGAGAAGGAGAUCCACUGGGAGCUUGGCGGGAGGGAGCAUGACCGGGAGAGGCCGGACCCGCGCGAGACGUACGAGGUCGCCGCCCAUGAGAUUCACGAGAUGGAGGGAUGCGGGCCGCCGCAAAAGCUCGAUCUUGUUGUGGGGACACAGGAGGUUGGGGUCUCGACAGGGGGUGACGGGGAGACGGGGCGGGACGGUGUGGUGGUGACUCCGGCCGUGAGCCCUGUGUCUCCGCUUCCGAAGCAGGAACGGGAGGUUUAA